GUUUUGGAGUCGUGGAGAAUUCAGAGUCUUUCCACAAUGGAAGAAAGGACAAAUUGUGUGAAGUCACAUAGUUCACUGGCUGAAUACAGCCCCGUCAAUAAGCCAGACAGGACAGAUCCAAGCUGUGAAACACAGGAAAACCACAAUACAAUGCAACUGAAGAAAGAAAUAUCUUUGAUAAAUGGAAUAAGCCUUAUAGUAGGCAACAUGAUUGGUUCAGGUAUCUUUGUCUCUCCCAAAGGAGUUCUCAUCUAUAGCAAAUCUUAUGGAUUGUCUUUAGUAAUUUGGGCAAUUGGAGGGAUUUUUUCAGUCUUUGGAGCCCUCUGUUAUGCUGAACUUGGAACCACUAUUACGAAGUCAGGAGCCAGCUAUGCAUAUAUCUUGGAGUCUUUUGGGAGCUUCAUUGCUUUUAUUCGUCUGUGGACCUCACUCUUAAUUGUUGAGCCAACUAGUCAGGCCAUCAUUGCCAUCACCUUUGCUAACUACAUAGUUCAGCCUUUCUUCCCUUCUUGUGAUCCUCCAUACUUGGCUUGCCGUCUGAUAGCAGCUGCUUGUGAAUGUCUUCUAACAUUUAUAAACUGUGCCUACGUUAAAUGGGGAACAAGAGUGCAGGAUGUAUUUACUUAUGCUAAAGUUAUUGCUCUUAUUGUCAUCAUCACAACUGGAAUUGUUAAAAUAUUCCAGGGCUAUUCAUCACACUUCGAGAAAUCUUUUGAGGGAUCUUCUUUUGAUAUAGGAGACAUUUCCCUCGCACUCUAUUCUGCCUUGUUCUCUUACUCCGGUUGGGAUACCCUCAAUUAUGUAACAGAAGAGAUCAAAAACCCAGAAAGGAACUUGCCACUGGCUAUUGCAGUGUCUAUGCCAAUUGUGACUGUUAUCUAUAUUCUGACCAAUAUAGCUUACUAUACAGUGCUGGAUGUUGAGGCCAUUCUUUCUAGUGAUGCUGUGGCAGUGACCUUUGCUGACCAGGUGUUUGGUAUCUUCAGCUGGACAAUUCCCAUUGCUGUAGCCUUUUCUUGUUUUGGUGGACUUAAUGCUUCCAUUCUAGCAUCAUCAAGGCUGUUUUUUGUAGGAUCUCGAGAAGGUCACCUUCCUGAUCUGCUUUCUAUGAUCCACGUAGGGAGGUUCACACCUGUGCCAGCACUGCUCUUCAAUUGUGUUAUGACCCUUAUUUACCUGGCUGUGGAAGAUGUCUUCAAGCUUAUAAAUUACUUCAGUUUCAGUUACUGGUUUUUUGUUGGUCUGUCUAUUGCUGGGCAAUUGUAUCUGCGGUGGAAGGAACCAGACCGACCCAGGCCUCUUAAGCUGAGUGUGGCUUUCCCAAUAAUAUUCUGUAUAUGUACAAUAUUUCUGGUGGUAGUGCCACUCUAUAGUGACACUAUAAAUUCACUGAUUGGAAUUGCCAUUGCUUUAUCUGGAAUCCCUGUCUUUUUCUUGGGAGUAUAUUUACCUGCAUCAAGGAGACCUCAGUUUAUCAACAAGCUUGUAGGUGUAGUCACACGGAACAUGCAGCUGCUCUGUUACUGUGUUUUAACAGAGAUGGACCCAGCUGAAGAAAAGAAGUUAGAAAUCAAAUCCAACUAAAAUUUUUAAGGCGUUACAAGAAA